AGGGGUCGGUUUGGGGAGGGGGAGUCGGGGUCCGUGUGGGAGGGUAUUGGGAAAGUUCUGUGGGGGCUGAUACUGAGGGACUCUGGAUUGCCGUCUGAUCUGUUUACAGUCACAGGUUAAAACCAGGGAAGGGAACGGUCUGUGGUUCUGGCAGCUGGAAUUUUUAAACCUCUCCAACUUCCUUCAAUCCCAAAGUCUGUAACUUUGAAGAUCUGAGGUGGAGCUCUGGGAGCUGAGGGUCUCCGAACGAUUAGAAGAAUUCCAGGGAGAAGUUAUUUUUAAAACAAAGGUUUAUAACUAGACAGCAUGGGAGUCGGGUGAGGGUUGGGCGGUGGGGGGGAGCUGUUUUUGAAGUCUGACAUUUAACUGUAGAGUUCUCAGUGUGUGCCAGUCCUGUGACACAUUUUAAAGAGCAGCUUUCUGUCGUGAAACCCCAGGAUCCAGGCUGUGAUGGGGAAAGGGAGCUUGGGCACAGUAAACAACAGCAGAUGAUCACCACAGUGUUUGGGAGAAGAAUUAGGAUGCAAUUCUGGUGACUUACCUGCACAAUAUCUGCCUGAGCUUCAGUAAACAGCAACUGGGAACUUGUCCGGGCUCAGAUACCUCUACUCAGUAUUAUUCAAAUGGCUUGGAAUAUUUUGACAAUACUUCACUGGGCCAUUCAUUCAGUUUCGCAGUUGUGACUGUGAAAUAACUGACUGCUCUCACAAUGACAUCCAAAAUGGUCACCAUGAGCCACAUCGCUCAGGCCAGGAAGGCAGUGGAACAACUUCGUAUGGAGGCUGGCAUCGAGAGAAUUCAAAUUUCCAAAGCUGCAGCUGAUCUGAUGCGUUACUGCGAGGACCAUGUAACAAAUGACCCAUUGGUGACAGGAGUCCCGAACUCGGACAAUCCAUUCAAGGACAAGAAACCCUGUAUCAUAUUGUAACUACACCCAGGGCAGUACCAAACUACCCAGUGGGACCACACAUCCAGUGGGAAACACAGAUCCCUGCUUUAUAUUUCACCCCGUAAUGUACUCCUCUUCCCCUUCCCCAUCCCAAAUCCCGGACCAGACAUUGAGUGGGAUGAAGCAGCCAAGAGAAGGGGGUGGGAGAAAACGCAGGAGAGACAAGUGUCUGCAUAUCAUGGAGAGGCCUGAGGGUCCCCCAGCCACACAGUGCUGUCCAAAGAGAUGCCCAUACAGAGACACUGUCUGCAGUACUCCCCACCUCCCUCCAGCCAUUGGCUGUGGAGUUGGGGAUGGGGCUGGGCCUGGGCACAGGGUCAGGGCAGUACGUGUUUGUUGUGUGUUUAAAAUCACCAAUUUGGAU